AUGAGAUUCUCUGCGGGUGUACUCCUUUAUCUCUGCCUGAUAUUUGGGAUUGGAUGGACUCAUAAGGAAAUCACUCUAAAUAUGAAUGUCAACGCAUUUGAUGAUCAGUACGAAGGCUGCACAGAACAGAUGGAAAGUGAAAUAAUAAAUUCCCCUACUUGCUAAAGAAAAAUGGGCUGACUCAAACUUUAGUAGAACUUGGGAUGCGGCAAAAGAGAAGUGGAACAAAGAGAAACCGAGUGUACCAGACGGCUUUCGGGAUGAGUACGGCAUUGCCAUUAUGGCUUAUUCCAACAACCAGACCAAUCUUUUUUCUAGCUUCAACAAUGCAGUGAGAAAUUAUAGCAGUAGGGCCACGUUCCGUUACCAUUCUCUUCACUUCUUCUUGACGCGAGCUGUAGUGCUCCUUAGGUCGAGUUGUUGGUGGUCACCAUGGAAGGUAUACAGAGGGAUGAGAGGCAUAUCUUUUAAGUAUGAAAGAAUCGGGGGAGAAGUCAGAUUCGGUCAGUUUUCCUCUUCAUCCACCAACCAAACAGUAGCAAAGGACUUUGGAGAUGACACGUUCUUCACCUUCACCAGCUGCUUCGGUGUCGACAUCAAAAAGUAUUCCUAUUAUCCAAAGCAAGAGGAGGUUCUGAUACCAGUAGACGAGGUUUUCCAAGUGACUGACUUUACAACGCAGGGAGGUAAAGAAAGAUUUGUCCUUAAAACCACAAAGAGCAGAUGUCACUACUACAAUUGUGACUACCUAUAUAAUGGUUAGUAAA